ACAGUGCGUCCCCGACCUCGAUUACUCCUGUGUAAACUCAAACGAGAUAAAAACAAGUGAAUAUGCCAUUUUAACCGACUUUUGUGUGCGUAUAAGAGAGAUAAAAGACACACCCUUUACUGUAAAUCCAACGUCUUUCAAGUCUCUACCAUUCUCUCACCGAAACACUCUCCACUCAUUUGCUCUCUGGAGAUCCAGAGAGAGAUAUUCAAGCAAAAGGGCUCUGCUUAGAGCACUUUCUUUCUUUCUUUUUUUCUGGUGUGCUUUGGGGAAUUUGUCACCCUCUAAUCAUGGCAUCCAAGCACAAUCCAUCAGGCAACAGAACACGAAGCCCACUAUCUAUAUUUGCUGUGAUUGGUUUAUGCUGUUUCUUUUACAUUCUGGGAGCAUGGCAGAGAAGUGGUUUUGGCAAAGGAGAUAGUAUAGCAUUGGCAGUAACCAAGCAGACAGACUGCAGUAUCUUCACCAAUUUAAACUUUGAAACUCAUCACAAUGAUGUAGAGAUUGUUGAGCAUUCCAAACCAAAAGCUGUGGUGUUUAAGCCAUGUGAUUUAAAAUACACUGAUUACACCCCUUGCCAAGAGCAAGACCGUGCCAUGAAGUUUCCUAGGGAUAACAUGAUUUACAGGGAAAGGCACUGUCCUGCUGAAGAAGAAAAAUUACAUUGUCUCAUUCCAGCUCCCAAAGGGUAUAUGACACCAUUUGAAUGGCCAAAGAGUCGUGACUAUGUCCAUUAUUCUAAUGUUCCUCACAAAAGCCUGACAGUUGAGAAGGCUGUCCAGAACUGGGUACAGUUCAAAGGAAAUGUGUUCAAAUUUCCAGGUGGAGGAACUAUGUUUCCUCAAGGUGCAGAUGCUUAUAUUGAUGAGCUUGCAUCAGUCAUCCCAAUAGCAGAUGGUUCUGUCAGAACAGCAUUGGACACCGGUUGUGGAGUCGCAAGUUGGGGCGCAUACAUGAUGAAGAGAAAUGUUCUGGCUAUGUCUUUUGCACCUCGGGACAAUCAUGAAGCACAGGUACAGUUUGCACUGGAGCGAGGUGUACCUGCUGUUGUUGGUGUUCUUGGAUCUAUAAACCUUCCAUAUCCCUCCAGAGCAUUUGAUAUGGCUCAGUGUUCUCGAUGCCUAAUACCAUGGACUGCAAAUGAUGGGAUGUACUUAAUGGAAGUUGAUAGAGUCCUGAGGCCUGGUGGAUACUGGGUCUUGUCUGGCCCUCCAAUUAAUUGGAAGACCUACUACAAAACGUGGAAGCGAUCUAAGGAAGAUCUCAAGGCUGAGCAAAGAAAGAUUGAAGAGCUAGCUGAACUUCUUUGCUGGGAGAAAAAAUAUGAGAAGGGAGAUAUUGCUAUUUUCCAAAAAAAAGUAAAUGACAAAUCCUGCCGCCGGAAGUCUGCCAAUAUAUGUGAAUCAAGGGAUGCCGAUGAUGUUUGGUACAAGAAAAUGGAAACGUGCAUAACCCCUUUCCCUAAGGUAAGUAGUUCAAGUGAAGUGGCAGGAGGGGAGUUGAAGAAGUACCCAGCUAGGCUUUUUGGCGUCCCUCCUCGGAUAGCCAAAGGACUUGUUGAUGGGGUCUCAGCUGAAUCUUACCAGGAGGACAAUAAGCUCUGGAAGAAGCAUGUAAAUGCUUACAAAAGAAUAAAUAAAUUGAUUGGUACUGCAAGAUACCGAAACGUGAUGGACAUGAAUGCAGGUCUUGGAGGAUUUGCAGCAUCACUUGAAUCACCAAAGUCUUGGGUGAUGAAUGUUGUGCCCACAAUUGCUAAGAACACCUUAGGGAUUAUCUAUGAGAGAGGUCUAAUUGGAAUAUACCAUGACUGGUGCGAAGGUUUCUCUACAUAUCCAAGAACAUAUGACUUUAUUCAUGCCAAUGGUGUCUUUAGCUUGUAUCAAAACAAGUGUAACUUUGAAUACAUCCUUCUGGAAAUGGAUCGCAUUUUGCGACCUGAAGGGGCUGUUAUCUUCCGGGAUGAUGUUGAUGUUCUAAACAAGGUCCGGAGAAUUGCUGGAGGCAUGAGAUGGAACACCAAGAUGAUGGAUCAUGAGGAUGGCCCCCUUGUGCCAGAGAAGAUGCUAGUUGCAGUUAAACAAUACUGGGUUGGUAGCAGUGGAAACAGCACCUCCAAUGAUCAAUAAACCAUGUCAACAGGUCAUCUGUUUGGAGGUAAAAAAUCAAGGCAAGGUUAAGAUGCCAACUGGUGAUUAAAUUGCUCGAGGCUGAGGGACUGAAGAGUUCCAAUCCGCAAUCCUCAAAGAGAGGCAUAAGUUCUUACAUUUUGUUAUUUGUGAUGUAGAGAAUAUACACACACGAUUAUGGUAGUCAGUGUUUUUGGAUGUGAUUCUGGAAGGAAAGUGUAACGUUUAUUUGUGUAGCUUCCCAAAUAAUUAAGCCUAGAUUACAGGAAUGCAUAGUGAUGACAAUCAAAAAAUGACAUGCAUGAUCGUCAUUAUGCAUCUCAAAAUU